AUGGCUAGCUUCUCUUCAGUCGCCCUAGUGGCCUUUUCAUUCCUUGCUACAGUCACUCAUGCAGCUCCUCGAGGUACUGCUGUCUUCUUCAGUAACACGACCACUCCUGCCGUUGCAGCAUCGACCACGACCUCGCCACAUGCGGUUACCAGCACAAAGGCGCCGGCAAAUACCAUAGCCUUGGAUCCCAAUGUGGUAGAUUGUCAACUGCAACUUCCAGCAAAUGCGCUUACAGCUGCGGGGCUUUCGACACCAUGGCAGCUACUGGCCCCAUGUUCUCAGGCUGUUGGUGCCCAACAAGCAUUCGCUGAAGCCGCUGUUAUAGACCCCUCGGGACAACUUUCAGUCUACCAUCCGUUGAUCAUUGAUCAAGGCAAAACGCCUCAAGCGGCACCAGUUGUUCCCAACAUCGCCGCCGGAUCGCAGGUGAUCCUGUUUUUCGGUUUCAACGGAAACACACUGACACUCGUCGACGCAAAUGGACAAGACAGCAAUGCAUCUCCCGUCCUGCAGAACCUGAAAUGUGUUAAUGGGCUUCCUGGCGCCAAAGGAGACGUCUUCGGCCAAGUCAGCUGGUGCAACACGGUGGCUUUCUGGGAUGCUGCCAAUGCUGCUGUGGCGGCCGGAAAGCUGGUAGUUCCUCCUUUAGGUACUGACAACAACGGCAACCAGUGUCUGUCCAGUCGUUCAUUUGAAAUCAUUGACCAGGAUCAGUCCGACAAUUUGCCCACCAAGUACCUUCUCCUGGCUGAUGGCAGUACCGUCCAGUUCACCGCUGCAAAUGUAGCCAAAUUCCCCACAGCCACAGAAAUUGAUAAUGCUUCGGACGAAGCUCUGAUUGCUGACUUUGUGGAUCCUGUGAUCGGCUGCACUCCUUUCAAGAUUCCCAGCCUCGACGACCCUGGUACAACGGUCUCCUCCAUGGCUUCUCAAGAACUACAAGCUCUACUUCAGCAACAGGAACCAAUUGCUCUUGCUCCUCUCAAUGACCCCGACUGCCUCCUCACUUCGAACGGCCAGAUGAGCACUGCGAAGACCAACGCUUAUCGGCUAGGCGUUAACAUGCCACUUUUGGGGAAUGGCGCCAAAACGGAUAAAGGCUCACCAACAGACUAUUGCAACAAUUUAGUUGCCAUCCAGCCUCCUUUCCUAGCUGGAUUCCAGACUGCGCUCACAAACGCCCAAACUCCGGAUCCAGCAGUUGGCACAAAUCUUUUCACCUUCCUGGCCAACCGAUUCCUUCAGUCUCUCACCAACCUUAACUGCCCUAACAAAAACAUUCCCAUCACUUGCACGCUCGACGCAAAUGGUGUUGCGACGGCCUGCAGCAUCACUGCAACUAGUAGCACCGGGAAUGGCACAACGAUCAGCAAAGCAGCGGGCAACGGCAGUAUAGGUCCUACGGCAACUGAUCUCGCACCAACCUCUGCUUUCACCAUGACGGCUGUUCCCACUCGCCAUGUCCACAGCCACGGUUUUGGCGGGAAGACCAUACCACCCAGUCCUCACACCUUCACCGGCACGGCAACCACAGCGACUACGCCGACGACGUCAGUGACUGCUAGUACCGGAACCGGAUCAGCAUCUGAGAGCCAAAGUUUCUCUGGAAACGGAGGAAAAAAUGUGACCACACCGACCGCCCCUGUUCAAGUUGGCGUCGGUGGCGACACGAGUUCCUCGACGUCCAGCGCAGCACUAAGCUUAGGUACAGGGCCAAGCGCGACUGUUCCACCUCCGCUAACUCAGUUUACGGCGGUGCCUACAUCGGUGGUGGCUGCGGCGGUGUGCUCGAGUACGGCGACGGCAAGUCUUCAGCAUUGUUGGUCUUUGGCGGGUUGGCAGUUGUGCAAGCUUGCCUGA